AUGGCUUGUGUGCGGUGCACGGUGGGAGGGCCAGGCAGCUCUGGCCCUUUUGGAAGUUUUAGUCCCAGAAAUAGGUUUUGGGCUGAGGACAUCUGGAAGGUGCUGCCAGGCCUUCAGGUGACUUCGUCCUACGCUUCGGGCAAGGAGAGCACAACCUUCAUCGAGAUGAGUCAAGUGAAGGAUGUGGUCAUCAACGAAGCCAUCCACAUGCAAAAAGUUAUUUACUACCUGUGCAUCCUUAUCCGGGACCCUCAGGAUCCUCAGGGAGUGUCUGAGGUUGUGCCACUCUUUCAGAGCUCCAAGCCACGUCUGGACUGCUUGGUGGAAGUGUACAAAAGUUGUCAAGAAAUCCUGGCGCAGAGGGAGAUGCCUCCACAGUCAAGUGAAGUGAAAUAAA